GAGACGCUCGAUGAAACCUUAAUCGUACAAGAAACAUUGAGAGUGAUCGAGAGCGGCACUAGCAGUAGUAGCAGAAGGUCCCCGAAUCACACGCCUCAAUUUCCGCGAAAAUAUGCUCACCACCUCCAAACCCUCCUCCCACUCUCACUCCCCGGUUCAAAUCCUGACCAUCGACGACGACGACGCUGACGUCAUCCUCCCACGUCUCCAAAAAGACCCUUCUGCCCCCGGAUCGUCUCCCUCCCCCUCCCCCGCCGCCUUCAUCGACCUCUCGGAUGGCUCCGACGACGACGAGAUUCGAGUCCUCCGCUUCGAACCCACCAAAACCCGCUUCAAAAGGCGCAGAACAAACCCGUUUUCAACCGGGUCGGUACCCGAACCCGGCCAGUGCUCCGACUCCCUCACCGACUACCCCCCCUUCGUCUGCGAAAUCUGCGCCGACGACAAGCUCGGGUACGAAUCUUUCCCGAUCGAGAAUUGCUGCCACGUGUACUGCUCCGACUGCGUCAUCAGCUACAUCGAUUCCAAGCUCCAAGAGAACGAGCCGACAAUCCGUUGCCCUGUUCCGAAUUGCGCGGGCCUGCUCGAGCGGGAGUACUGCCGCUCGGUGCUGCCGGCGCCGGUGUUCGAGAGGUGGGGGAAGGCAAUGUGUGACGCGGUUAUUCUGGGAUCGGAGAAGUUCUACUGCCCCUAUCAGGACUGCUCCGCCAUGAUGAUUUAUGAUGGGGAGGAAAUGGUGAGGGAGUCGCAAUGCCCGCAUUGCCAGAGGAUGUUCUGUGCUCAGUGUAGGGUUGCUUGGCAUGUUGGGAUGGAUUGCGACGAGUUUCAGAAGCUCAGUGUGGAUGAGAGAGCCAGUGAGGAUGUUAUGUUGAGGAACCUGGCGCAGAGCCAGAACUGGAGGAGGUGCCCGAGCUGCAAGUUUUAUGUCGAAAAAAGUUUCGGUUGCUCCUACAUGAAAUGCAGGUGUGGAUUUGCAUUCUGUUACAAUUGUGGAGUACAAGCUCUCACUCAUACGGGUACAUGUCGAAGCUGUCGUAAGUAAUGCUUAAGACGAUGUAGAUGCAAAUCUACAGGGUGUUUCUAUUUCUCGUGUUGAUUGCAAUAGCACAGGCUGGUCCAUUUAGCAACCACUCUACAUCCUUUGUGAUGCAAUGUGAUGAUAGAGAACCAGAGGUUUAGUAUUGAUGUUGUAUCAUAUGGGUGAUUUGACGACGUCUUAGUUGUGCAAGGGAUUUAGAUUAGGGAAGUUUUAGUAAGACUUGUUGAAUGAAAAUCAAUGAUUUGAGAGAUUUCUGUUAACAUCAUUUGGUAACUGAGAUCAUAAAUGCCAAAAGUAUACCAAGAUCCUUCAUAUUUUCGAGGAAUGUAAUCUGGGCUUGAUC